AUGCCCGACCAGAGCCGCAACGCUCACGCCAGCAUCGCUGCAUCCUCGGGUGCGCAGAAGCUACUCAAGCGGGCGGCGCUGCUUCAGACGCUGCUGGCGCGCAAAGAGAGCGCGGAGACGCGCAUUCGGCUGGCGGAGAUUUGGAUCGAGCUCAAUCAGAGCAAGUAUCACGGCGCGGCAAGGGAGACGCUCGAGACGUGUCUGAAGCUUGACCCGGGCGAUGCCAUGUGUGCACGGCGCGUGCUCGCCCCGCUGCUGCUCAGCUUUGGCGAGCACGAGGCGGCGGCGGCGCUGCUCGCGCAGUACAGCAACGACACGAGCGCGGUGAUGUUGUGCUGCGGCCUGCUGCUCUCGCUGGCGGAGCACGCCGAGGCGGAGGGCGAGGAGGAGGAGGAGGAAUCGCAAGCGCGGGCCGAUUCGGCGUUCGAGCGGCUGUUUGCGUGCAACUGGCAGGCGUGCGCGCUCCUCGCCGCGACGGCGCGCGGCGAGUCUCCCAUCCCCGAGCAGACGGUGUCCGAGCUGCGGGAGGCACGGAUCGCAAAGCUGGCGUCGGCCGGCGGCUGGCCGGAGGUGGGCGGCGUGUCGGAGGCGAUCCUGCUGUCCGAAGUCUUCUCCGGGUGCGCGGGCGUGGGCGGCGAGGAGGAGGAGGCGGAGGGGACGUGCGAGGACGCGUGGCCCGGGCUGGAGGGGGCGGCGGUCUGGCUGAGCGCGAUGACCCUCGGCAAGUAUGGCGAGGCGGGCGGGGGCGGAGGUUGCGCGCGGCCGGCGAGGGCGAGCGCGGCGCGGGGCGACGAGAAGCGGCACGUGCGGGUGCUCGAGGCCGUGCUGGGUGAGGUGUUCGAGGAGCUCGAGAUGAUCGUCGUCGAGGCGGCCGGCGAGGACGAGGCGGAGGAGGGCGAGGAGGGCGGCGAGGAGGAGGAGGAGGGCGAGGCGGAGGGCGAGGAGGAGGAGGAGGAGGAGGAGGAGGAGGAGGAGGAGGAGAGCGAGGGUGGCGAGGGAGAGGAGGAGAGCGAGGGUGGGAAGGAGGUCGGCGCCGCCUCUUCGUCGUCGUCUGCCCCCAAGCGCGGCCGCGCCGACUUUGAGGCGUGGAGGGAAGCGAAGCGCGCGCGCCUGGCCGAGAAGCUGGCGCGCAUGCCUCCGGGCGGAGCGGUCUCCGAUGAGGAGGGGAGUGACGAGGGGGAGUGA